CAUCAUACGUCAUUCUGAGAGAGGGAGGCCUGGGUCAAUUUCUAAGCGCAUGCGUGCAAGCCGCCGACUCCGUGAAAAUGGCGGAAAAUGGUGAGGUUUAAAGUUGGGUAUUUUUAACUUCUGAUUUGUUUGACGUUCUUUUUGCUAGCAUAACAAGAAAACUUAAUUGUGUUGUUUUGUUUCCAGCGUCUCCAUCUCAUGCUGCUGACAAUGAAGAUUCUUCAGGUAAACGAAGAAAAACCACUCGAAGUUUUAAAACACAAACGUAAAUCCGUUCGAAUAUGUACGCUAUUAACCGUUCCAAUUGUCAGUUUGCCAGAUAAUUCCACGUCUGCGGCUCAUGAUUUAUAUUCUUCGGCGUUGUUUUAUCUGCUUUUUUAGAGAGGUGUAUAUUAAUUCUAGUUUUCCAUCUUCUUCUCGUCCAGGAACAAAUAACUCCGUGAGAAUUCUUGCUCCGCCGAAAUUCACUUUACGUCAAGAUACGUCCGGGAAAGUUACGGUAAACAGAAUCUUAUAUUUCGUAGUUUUUGUUUUGUCAAGCAGUUGGAUUCAUUUGAAAGAAAGUAAUAAUAAUAAAAAGACUAUCAGUGAUCGAUGUUGUAUUCAAGAAUUUAUGUAGCCAUUUCAUUUUACAGUAUAUAUGACCUUAAGCUCAAGUACGCUAAUUAAGUGAACGAAGAAAAGGAAGCAGAAAAUCAACUUACAUGUUUAGACAUUUUCACUUUUGUAGGUUCAACUUUUGUGCCAUGGCCACACGUCUUCUUGCUCUUUAUUAUGCAUCCUUUUUCUGUCUCAUAAGCUAUAAUUAUCUGUUCUCCAGUUGGUUUAUAAGAAAUAAUAAAGCCCAGAGUACUUCAUUAUAUAAAUAAUAUAUGUACAAAUAAUUAUUGUGCGGAAAUUUUACCUCAGUUUUUUACAGGAAGGCUGCCAUACGAAGUGCUCAACAUCACGUAUCUCAAAUCUUCUCUGUAUACUUUCAAGUAUUUAUGCAGUUUUUUUCUAAUUUCCUUUCUUAUGUCACAUCUUGUUUUAGAAUGCUUAUUCCAAAGAUAAUGGAGAGGAGCCAGAGGUUUCAAGUGAAGAAUCAACACCUCUUGGAGUUUCAGUCAAGGUAAUGUAUGCUUGGCUACAUAAUUCCCAAAAUAUGGCCUAAAAUUCUUUCCAGAAUUUUCCGAAAAAAGCUCUAAAAUUCUUUUAGAAAUGUCUAAAAUUCUCCAAAAACUCUAAAAUUCCCAAAAAUUCUCAAAAAAAAAUUGUUUUCUUUUUUGAUAGUGAGGGCCCCUUUUGGUGAAUGACCACUGAUAAGUUGUAGUGUAGACAACUCUGAUGAGAAGCCACUGAUUUGUUGUGCUCAGUGGACAGUGCUCUAGACACUGCUGUAGCAUUUAAGCGGACUGAGCCCUCUCUUGGUUGAUAGGAAUACAACAAAAGACUUUUUGUCAAUGUUUUUGCCAUGAAUAUUGCCAAAAUGUCAGGUGAAUGUUCAAAUUGCUCUAAAAUUCUCGAAUUUGUCUAUUUUUUCCCUAAAAUUCCCGAGAUUUUCUAAAAUUCUUUUUGAUGUCUAAAAUUCCAAAACAAUUCUGGAAUUAUGUAGCUAACCCUAAGGUAACAUGAGAGUCUCAAGAAAAUGAAAUGAUAUACCGGUUAAUAUGGCAGAUCUCUUGGCUGGCUCAGGUCUAGUUGCAGGAAAGUGAUGAUAUUAGUUCCUCAAGAGUUUUGUUUUGACUCCACAUCUUAGCGAUUGAGUUGAUUGAUACAAUUCCUUUCAGUGGUUGCGUGCCUGAAUGCCACCCUCUCUAGCCAGAAUGAAAGUUGACUUCCUUUACUUUCCCAAGGUCCUUUUGCCAGGAUAGUUAUGGAUUCAUGCGAUUCGGUGUGGUAAUUCUGCAGAUGUUUGUAUGUUGGGACAAGUUGUGCCUCCCUCAACCUCCCCACCCCCUGCCCCAUUAUUAUAUAGUUUAAACAAAAAAUAAGAUACAUGUUCUCUUUUCAGUUGUGUUAAUAGAAAGUCACUAAAUGGUCGUUAUCGAAAUUUAAAAAAAAAAAAAACGUUGGCAGGGUCUAUUUUUGCGACAGCUAAAUGACUGUUUUGGCGAGGAAGCCGUAACAUUUAUUUUAACAUAACAAUGCAUGGGCUAGGAAAACUUUUCAGGUGCAAGCAGAAGUGUAAGAUAUGUGUUUUGUGGAAGUGGGUUUAAUAGCAGAUCUUUUAUUGAUUAUUCUUGUGUUUCAAGUCAAAAAUUCAGCCGAAUCACAGGUGCAUAAUUAAAUUGUUGCAUGGUAUUCCAAGGCUACUGAAGGAAUCUAUCUUCCUAAGACUAUCAAAUAACUUUUGAAUCUGAGCUCUGAGUCAUUCUGAGUCGUGUGUGAAAAAAGGCGAGGCUGAAUUAUAUUUUAAACUAUAAUGCAUACAAAUAUCAGGGCUCGAAACAAGUCCAUUCUGACAUCUAAAAAGAGUAACUUGCCCAAUGGAAAUGGGUCCAGGCAAUUCAUCCUCCAGCUAAAUCAUUAACUAACAGUUCUAACUAAGAGUUCUAAGCAAGUACUUGCCCCAGGCAAGUGCAGCAUUGUGAGAGCUGCUUGCCCGAAGGAAGUGCUGGAAUUCAAGUUAUCUUUUUAGCACUUGUACUGAUGUUCAAAUUAUGAUUUAAGUUGCCCCAUGCAAGCAAAGUGUGCGAGCUGCUUGCCCAAAGGAUGUGCUGGAAUUCAAGUUAUUUUUUUUAGCCCUGGUACUGAUGUUCAAAAUAAAUAUGAUUAAACACCUAACAAAGGUUCUAAUUAUCUGUUUAUAUCUAGAGAUCUGCUGAAGGGGAGGACAAAGAUGUUGAUUCUGAACCAGAUGAUGGUAUGUAGCACACCCUAUAGUGUUUAUCUGUGGGAUGCAAAAUAUUGUCAAUAAAUUUUUUGCAGGAUACGUCAAAUUUUGAUAAUAAUAAUAAUAAUAAUAAUAAUAAUAAUAAUAAUAAUAAUAAUUUUGCUCUUAAAGGUUUUGUUUUAAGUUUUGCAGUUGGAGAUUUAAAAGAUUUUCUCCUGAAUCUGUGGCCUCAGAAAACAACAAAAAUAUUUCAAUGUUUUGCUUUGAGUUAACAGUCAGAAGAUAAUGAGCGUAAUAAGCUUAAUAACUCAGUGGCAGGAGCAGACUGCUCCUAGUAUUUUUUUUCUCUUGGAAAAAUCUGGUAAAUAGAAAUAGCCUUGUUUUAAAACCUUUGAUAACUUUACCUGUAUAAAAUGUAUGUUAAUUGAUUGUACCAGUCUUGUGCUUUGUAAUAAAGAAGCUAAUGAGAUCUAUCUUGCUUACGGUGUAGACAAAAAAAAAUUCUGUUUUUUUGAGUGAGUUGUUUGUUAUGGACAGUGUUGCUCUGAUCAAAAUUAAUGUUAACCUUUCAAGCCCUAAGGGUGACGUUCAUUAAUAUUAUUUUCUCCUAACCUUAUCAAUACAUAAUCAAGAGAAAAGGCUAUAAGAAUUGAGAAAGUGAUCACCCAAGGAAAAAUGCUUUGAUCUUUUAUCAAAUUCUCUUAACUAAUUUUUGUAAGUAAAUGUAUGGAGAUCAGUCUAGAGAAUUUGUAUGUGGAUGAUUGCGUAUUAAAUGGUUUAUACUACUACAGGAGAAAUUUCUGCAAUUUGAUUGGCUUAGAGCAGUGGUAUUUCAGCUUAAUUUGAAAUACCUACAUGUGAAAAUUACAAACCUUUUGUGGGUAGUAGAAUAAACAAAUAAUAGCAGGAAUUGUACGUGAUAUUUGGCAUAAAUACCACUCGUGAUAUUUCAAAAUUGUCUCAAAUUUCACUUGCCUAACGGCUCGUGAAAUUAGUAUAACAAUUUUGAAAUAUCACUUGUGGUAUUUAUGCCAAAUAUCACUACAAAUCAUGCUAUUACCUAUACUAAUAUUAGUAUCAACUGCUAAUAAAGCCUACCUUCAAAUUAUAGUACCAUGCAUUAUUUAGAAAGUGAAAAUAAGCAAUGUAAUAUAAGGAGCCAUACUGGCCAAUGCUUUUAUUGCUGAAAGUCAAGAUGGAAUCUAUGAGGAAAUUGAGUGAAUUAAUCUAAUGAUUUUACCUGUGUUUUCUCAGUUCCUCUGAAAUUUGAAAUUUAUUUUGUUGGGCUCCCAUAAGAAUCGUUUCUUUGGAGUCAUUCAUAAAACUUAUAACAUUUAUACCCCUUGAAAUGGCUUUACAUAUUCUCAUGGUUUUCGUCCGCUGAAAGUUAAAAUUACUCAAUUUCGUUAUGGAAUCUGUCUUAAAGCUUAUUUUAGUUGAAACAAUUUCUGUUUCUGAUAUUAUAAAUGUAACUUUCAUUUUCAAAGUGAUUCAUUGAGUAAAGCAACACUGAACAAGUCAAUGAGAUCCACGCUUCUCUCUCUAGACAGAAAGAGUUCUUGUUAUUAUAUUUUAUAUUACAUGAACAUGAUGCUUUAAUAACUGCUACUUAUUAUCACCUGCCUACAAGCCCUACCUUUAAAUAAUAUAUCAUGUUUUAGAAAGUGAAAAGUAAUUUUCAAUAUAAAGAGAGCCAUUGGCCAAUGUUCAAAUUACUUAAGUUAAAACAAAUUUCUGUUUCUGGCUAUGGUAUGGUCAAGUUACUUGCCUUAUCAAAGUGAUUCUAAGGUUUGAAACAACACUGAGCAUUUGGAUGGAAAUCUUACUUAAUAUGUUUAAGAUUCUUCUUUCUUUCGCACCAACAGUGCCUUUUUGUUGUUAAGUUAUCGAAAGCUAUUGUUGAAAUUAUGACGUGAUCUUGUUCUUUUUUUUUUUGUAUUAUUAUGUGUAGUCUAGCAGUGAAGGUAGAAGGAAGCCAUUGAUGAUGGUUAAUCUACUUUUUUAUGCUUCUCUUCUAGGCGACAGUUUUUCUCCAGUGAAAAAAGUGGCCAAGCUUGAAAAAAAUAAUCAUUCAGGUACUUACUUCAUGCGUACAUCAUUGGUAUCUUCCACUGCCAGAGAAAAUUAGAACAAUAAAAACAAUUUCAGUAGAUAUUAUAAAUGACUAAAUGGUUAUAUAUGUUGUGGUUCAAUUUUAUCCUUGGUUUAAUUUUUAUUUUCUUUUGUUUGUAAAUCAUUAUCAUACAUUACCAUACCCAAAAACAAAAGAAAAUAAAAUUUAAACCAAGGAUAAAAUUGAACCACAACAUGUAUAACUUCUUACAAUAAGCAUAAGCAAAGAGUAGCACAGAGCAUUUAAAAUGCUUUGAGCCAUUAUUAUUGUUUCAGUUUUUCUCACUGGACAGAUUGAUUUUGAUAACUGUAGUUCAACUCAGUCUCUUGUUUUUCUCAAACAUACAAUCAUUUACAUGCACCAGACAGGUCUCUGAUAACAACAGUCUGUACUGGAAACAUGUGCUUAGCACAAAAAUAGCCACUGUUUCUCUUUACCUAGUAAGAGGCAUUAAAUUAUGUAUAAUACAGUGGAGCUAGUGGAACCCAUAAAAAAUGGAAAAUUGAGUCUGAUCUCAGGUUAAUCUUGGCUAAAUCUUGUUUAAGUAAUGACAGUGGGUCCAUCCCCAGUGAGGGACUUGAAAUCAGUAUCCUGAUGAGUACUGUACUAUAUGUUCAGCACAAGUUCUUACUAAACAUUAUAUUGACAACAUAAUAAAGUCAAUAGAAUGGAUUUAAAGGCCAGUUUUGUUUGAUGUGUAGUAUUAUCUGUAUUUUUCAUGUUCAAAAUGGAUGUAGCAGUUUUAAUUGAAGUUUACUAAUCUGUUUUAUUUUAGAUUCAGAUGAAGAUAAGCCUCAGAAGGUUUUUUUAAAGCCAUCUCUUCUCUCAGAUGUGGCAAAGAACUUGGCAAAUGCAUCCCCAAAAAGUAAGUCUGGCUAGAAAUUUAUUACAUUUAUAUCUUAAUUUGUUAAAUUUGUUUUCUUGGUUGGCAACUUGGCAUGCAUAGCUUUAAGGAUGAGGUUGCUGUACACUAAAACAUGUAAAAUUUUCUUUGUUUUUUAGUUGAUAGACACUCUACAACUUCUCCAGUUCCUAAGGUAUGGUUAAUUGAAGUUUUUUUCUACUGUUGUAUCAAGCUAAGGGCACAAAGUUAAUGAGUUUUUGCUUCACAAUCCGAAUAUUUAAACAUUAAGCUCUAGUGAUUAAACAGGACUUUUGGUUUCACUAACAUUUCCAGUCGCUCACGAUCAUUUUUUGGGGGGAUAUUUGAGCUCGUGCUCUAGGCUUGUUCCCAUCAUCCACCUCUUGCACUUUUUGCUUGCCUCUAGCUCUCGCGUUUCUCGCUUUUUCCAUGCUCCUGCUCCCUACUAAGCCUUGGGAAAGUCUUUCAAGAAGGCCGAUACAGUGUCAUCUGUAUGUACUCAAGUACGCAAAGUACUCAAGCGGAUAAUCAAGUACAGAGAUAUUAUAAUGUAAACCCAACCUUCCAAGUUGUGACCAUUUUGGUCGCCAUGGUGCCUAAAAUUUUGGAGCUAGCGGCUUGACUUGUAAAAAAGUCUCCCUUAACCAAAAAGAGUUGGUUGCCAAAUGGCGACUUGGAGGGUUGAAACCAAGUGUAAAUCAAAGCAAACUGACAAGAGGCAGUUGUUUUAUCAAAAGAGUAGUUGUCCUGCUAAAGUGAAGGCAAAGCAGAAACACACUUGUCAAGGAAGUACCAGGCUAACAGAAUCACUCUGAUGCCUUCUGAAUUUUUCCCCUCAGACAUUUGGCAUCUCCAGCAAUGAUUCCUCUGUUACCGAGCAGGGCACAUGUACCAACACAUCACAGCGCUCACAUGAGUUGGCACCAGGACAGAACAAGGAAGGAAUAAUUGGAGCUUCCUCUAAAAAUUACUUUGCGGAGUUUCUAGGAAGUGGAAGAGAGUAAGUUGUAGAAGAAAUGUUAUGAAUACAGUCAAAUUAGAUGUGCAUCCCUUGUAAUAACAAUAUUGAACCUCUUUUCUUGUAGAUCCUCAACAAAAACCUCAAGUGGAUCCUUUGUGUUUGGACAAAACAUGGGUGAUAGAGUUAUGGUGAGGAUUUAAUUGCAAGCAUUUUUUUUAGCUGCUCUAAAACUGUGAUCCGUUAUGUCACAUUAUUAUACAUUAUACUCACCAUCUGUCUUCUCAUUGGCUAAGAGUCUACAGCUAAUUUUGGAAAUCGGCACAACCUACAGAUUAGUUAGUUAUCUGCUAGCAGAUAACUGACUAAUCUGUAGGUUGCGCACACAAUGCAUGAUGUCCAAUAUCAAUAUUAAUUUAGGUUCCUUGCGACGGUGUGUUUGUUAUUAUUUUCGUCAAAACGAUCAUUACCUUGAUUAUUGCGGAUAUCACACAAACCUCAUCCAAUAAUUGUUUAUAAUCAGAGAUUUAGAAUUGUGAUUGGGGAAUCCCCCCAGGUAAGAAUGAGGUGGGAUAGAAGAAGGAAUAAAAAUCAUAUACAUGUAUUGUACAGCACACCCUCUGCAAGGGAUGCUAUUGUAUUUGCAUGGAUGUACAAAUUAAAGUGUAUUUGUCGGGAAGGGCAAAAAAGAUUUGAAUACACCAGGUGUGGAGGCAUAAUAUUUUAAAAGCAGAGAAAAAAAAGUUCAUGUUAAAAAAUAUCUGGACAUGUGUGGACGAGACCUUACGCAACAAAAUAUGUGUGCCAUGUAGCUGAAUCAAAAUCAAUAAUUGCCCCUUUGACAUUUUGUUUUUUUUUUCUGUGGUUAGUUUUCAGCUGCAGAUAGCAGUGGAAAUAAUGUCGAGACCAAUGGCAAGACUGAAGAAAAGUCAACAGCCUGUGACAAUUCAGUCAGUGAUCACCUUGGAGGUUGGUUAAAUUUGUACAGGUAAUAGCAUGAUUUGCAGUGAUUUUUGGCAUAAAUACCGUGAGCGAUAUUUCGAAAUUGUUGUAUGUCAUUUCACGAGCCGUUAGGCGAGUGUAACUUGAGACAAUUUAGAUCACGAGUGGUAUUUAUGCCAAAUGUGACGCACAAAUCAUGCUAUUUUUUGUUUAUACUACUACCCACAAAAGGUUUGUAAUUUUCACAUGUAGGUAUUUCAAAUUAAGCUGAAAUGCCACUGCUCUAAGCCAAUCAAAUUGCAGAAAUUUCUCAUGUAGUAGUAUGAUAUUAUUAAAGUAAUCAUUCUGUAAGCAGUCUCUCUAGAGUGGGUUUUGCUUGAGCAGAGCAGAGCACACCUUUGAUUGGUUGCCAUUGCAAAUAGAAAGUUAAAAAAGUUAAUUUCUAGGUCUUUGUUCCAAAAAUAAAUUAAUGUAUUUAUAUACAACCUACAAGAUGCCUAAAAUGUGCCAUUGUCAUAGAGAGUCAUGAAACCCAUUCUGAAACCUGAACAAAGUAUAGUGAUUUCUAGUUGUAGAUUUGCCAGAGGUCUCUUGGUUAAUAAAGUUUAUAUAAAACUUUUCAUUUUAAUACAUAAACAUACAAUGUAACUUGUAUAUUUUUGUCAUCCAAGUGUAUACACUGUCCAGCUAAUUUUCUCAUAAUAAAUUUGCUUGCUCACCUUAACCUCGUCCUGUGCCUCAAAGAUGAAAUCAACUCUUUAAUGUACAAAAUUGUCUACAGUUCUGCCCAUUGCAACCUUAACAAAACCCCCUGAAAUAUUUUUCCCUAUCCCUCUAUUCAGGGGAUAGGGACACGUUGUCUGGGUCCUGAAACCUGGGUUUAACCACCAUUAGGGGGAAAACUUAGCAAUCAAAAAAUGACUUACAUGUACCCCAAAAAUUUUCCAUAAGUUUUUAAGUGUUCACUAGUCACAAUGGCGACAGUUUUGAAAACAUGAAUUAACUCAUUUAAAUCAGCGUACUGCAUUUGUGGGAAUUCAACACUCAACGUCACAGAGAUAUAACUAGGUAAUCAUGAUGUUUUAUCCAUUAUCCAGCUGCUUGAGAUAAUGACUGCAGGAGAUUCCAUAGCCUGUGAGAGCAGACCCCCUUUUAGCAGCGUGCAAAGAAAGUCGUGUGCGAUAGCCUGCCAGGGCUAGUGGAUUUUGCUAUUGGGCUAGUGAUUUUUGUUCUUAACUUGCCCGAUGGGCAAGUGCUCUUUUUUGGGGAAAUUCAAAUUGCAGAAGGAUUGUAACCAAUCCUGCUAAUCAAAAAGGGUUUUGGGGCUAGUUGAAAGGACUUGUGGGCUAGUGCAUGCUAGCUACAGCAUGCCCAAAUGGCAGGCAGUAAACCUGUCUUUCUUUGCACCCUGUUUAGGUUCUUGCCUUCUUCUCAAGGGUGUCCCUUGAAUAGGGGUUCCACUGUGUUAGUAUGGAUAUUAAUUAAUUCUUAUGAAUAUAUUUAUUAUCAUUUAGUUUUAUUCAUAAUUAAUUAUUGUUAUCAGUAUCCUAAUGAUAUUACUAUUAGUUAGUACGCUAUUUUAUGUUGUAAUUUUUAAAAGAUGUCAUUUCUUUGGUAUCCAAAUCCCUUUGACCAUUGCUUCCUCAGGCCUUGAUGGACUUGGCGAUUUUAAAAGAGGAAAUUUAAAAUUUGCUUUUUUGAAAUCGCCAAGAGUGUCAUGUCUCUACUGUGAAGCUUGCACUUUUACAUUUGAAUUCAAGUUUGAAUGAUGUUAUAAUGUUCAUUCACUUAUGGGGCUUCAAAAACUGCACUCAAUGUUCCAGACCACCACUCCUUAUCAGUGUGCAAAGAAAGUUGUGUCCAAUAGCCUGGGACUAGUGGAUUUUGCUGUUGGUCUAGCGAAUUCUGUUAUUAACAUGCCCAACGAGCAACAACAGCAAGUGAAUUUCUCUAGGAAAUUAACAUUACAGAAAAACUGUUAUCAAUCGUGCUCAUCCAAAAUCACAUAAUUAUCGUAAUUAUUGUUGUUGUUAGAGUUAUUAUUAUUAUUAUUAUAAUUAUUAUACAUUUUGCACACUAUGUGUCUUCUCAACAGCCUACAGUUUUUUUUUGGAAAUCAGCGCAACCUACAGAUUAGUUGUUUGCUAGGAGAUAACUGACUUAUCUGCAUUAUCUCCAAGAGCAAUGUCAAACUGCUUUUCUUGCAACAGUCUGUUUGCCGUUAUCGUCUUCAGAAAAAUGUAUAAUUAAACAAUGGGCGCGAUCCAUUCAACCAAAAUUCAGACCGGUCCGACCGGGAAAAGAGGACCACCUCAAAAGGUGGACCUGUUUUUUCGAAACUUUUCCGGUUGGACCGAACCGAUCCAUUGAGUUUUGGACCGAAAUUUCUGGAAAUUUUGGUUGAAUGGAUCGCGCCCAAUUAUUAGAUUUGGGUUAACUGGAAUAAUCAAGGUCUCGGUAACUGUUGUCAGUCUUGACUGUCAGCUGAAUCUAAGCCGAAGAAUGAAGAAUGAAGUGAAGUGGAAAAGGGAAAAACAUUUGUAUAGUGCCUUUUUACAUUAUUAUAUUAACAUCAUGUUAACAGUAUGUUCAGACGUCAGCGUACAAGGGCGCCACUGGUUGCUACUAUCAUCCAUUUAUAAGCUGUCUUAGCCUGCGAGUAAGCUCUCCGGGGCGCUGUAGCGGCGGGGCAGGACUUGCAACUACGUCUGCGGAAGAUGAAUUCCGCCUCCAGUUCACCUGUGGCUCUCCGUCAACUGAGCUGUCAGAUUUCCGCCAAUUAGCGCGAAGCGGAAACGAGGGCGAAUGUAAACAAGCAUUGGAAAACACGUGAAAGCACACGCCAAGGGUAAUGACGUCAUUACUAAUGUCAUCUCAACCAAUCAGUAUUUCGCAUCGACCUUUUUGAUGCAGAUACUCAAAUUCCAGAGAUUUAGUUGCAAGCUCUCGUUCCUUUUUCCGCCCCGCCGCCAAAGCGCCCCGGAGAGCUUGCUCGCAGGCUAAAGCUGUCUGUACCCCAGCUAGCUCAUGAUGUUUGACUGAUGCGUGACGUGAGGUAAACUGUAACAUAGUAUCUGGUGAUUAUUUAUUUAUCCAUGUAUUCAGUGAUACAUUUUUAUUGUUAGUUACCAGUAGACUGAUGGCACUGGAUUAAAUCUUGAACAUUUAUUGCUACUCAGAGAGUUGCCUGAUGAUUGCUUCGCAAGAGGCAUGAAACUCUGAGUAGCAAUAAAUGUUCAAGAUUUAAUCCAGUUCCAUCAGUUUACUUGUAUUCUGCUCUAGUUCAACUAUUGAGCAUUCUUAUAGUGGAUGAGGACAUUACUCUGGUACUUCAUUAUAUAUAGUUAGUUAUGUAUUAAUUUAGGUAGUUUAUUAUUUACAGUAUUCAUUUAUUUGGGUGUCUCUAGGUGUUACGGUGACCGUUUGAUGGUUAGCUAUUGUUUAGUAGUGUGCGUAUAGAGGGUCCCCGAUAGGUUUUUCGGGAUCCGGGAUUUUCCUUAAUUUAACCUCGGGAUUCGGGAAUUUGAUGCAAAAUGGGGGCAAGAUUCGGGAUUGACUGUAUGCGCACGAGGUUGGAUGCUAAAAAUAACCCGCGGGAUUACGGGAUUGCGCGAAAUUUUGGGUCGGGAUUACCGGAUUGAAGAACCCUAACCCUUUGUAUAAUAUUCAGUGUCUUUUCAAAGUUUUGUAUUACGUCAUUUGGUGAUUGCACCUGCCAGCAACUCCAAGAAGCUGCUAUUUAUUAGACCACACUGCAAUAAUUUUUAUAGUAUUUCAUCGCGGAAAAACAACAACAACACCACCAAACAUAACAAUUAUUUUGCUUUUUGCCAGAGGAAGAACGAAAGACUCUCGCAGACGUGGCGCAUUCUUGCGCAGACGCUGAAGGGCCCAGGUCUCCAAAUCACGAGAAACCGCACAAGUCGCUUGCUGAAGCAGCAAUGGAGUAUCAAGAACAUCUGAGUCCACCCAAGUCACAACCUGCAAAGGUGGCCGUGGUCACAGGUGAAGAGGAAGAGAAAAAUGUUCUUCAGGUGAGUACUUUCACCUGGCCAACCCCCAAAAUGCCUUAAGUUAUCAAAAUCAAUUUUCUCCUGAUACUAUCAAUGCGGAUGGUGAAUUACGAUCCGUUUUGUGUUUCUGUGUUUCAAGGUUCGUUGCUUGUGAUCGUAAUUGUGAUUGACAGCAGCGAAAAACGCAAUUGUGAAGGCAGCUUUUGAACUUUAGAGUUCGCGUGUUUUGAAAAGCACAAUAAUGGGUUAACUCAAUCGGUUGGGUGCUUGACUUCAGAGUGCUAGUUCCAUUUUCGAUUCCUGGCCAGAUUCAACACUCAGGGUCUUAAAAGUUACUUUUCGUGUAGAGAGAAGUAGACUGCGAGCAGUCUCUUAUUUUUCUUUGCAAAGUUACUGCACGCGAAACCCAAGCACGCGAGCCGCGAUAAACGAGGGAGUAGACCCGAGAAGAAAAAAUCUCGUCUCGUCCCUGUCCCUUAUUUUAACAUAAGGUCGUGAUUUCCAAUUGCGCCAGCUGAGAUAAGAACUAGACGGAAUAAAAGAAAAAAAGGCGGGGUUGAAGCAGUCAAAGAGAGAAAAAACGCCCGGAAAUACGUCAUUGUUCGUAGGCUAUUACUGUUUCCGUCUGUUUCUUUUUGAUAUGCAAACUUUUUUUUUCUUCUCAUUCUUAGAGCAAUUGUCGCUUGUUCGUGUUUGAUACCACGACCCAUUCAUGGAGAGAAAAAGGAAGAGGAGUCAUCAGGUUGAAUGACAUGUGCCAAUCAAUGACAGAGGGGAUCUUCCAGUCGAGGCUUGGUAAGACUAACAGGUGGAACAGAAGAUUAACGGAGGUAGCUCCUCUCCCUCCAAAGUUUAAAUUGGUAGAACAUAGAACUAAAAGUUAAACGUCACUUGCUUUACUUACUUAGUUUAGACGAGACUAGCCUGCGUAGCAGGCGCUUGGAAGUAGUGGGCGAAAGAGAGAACUGGCGCGCGAGGGAGACACGCGAGGGAUGAGGGCUCCCUCUCCCCUCUCGUGUCUCCCUCUCGCGCGCCCGUUUUUUGUUGUGCCCACUACUUCCAAGCGCCUGCAACGCAGGCUAAGACGAUACCUGUUAAGGCCUUCAAGACACCUUCAGUUUAUCUGUCAUGUAGUGACGCCGACCUGAUCAGUAGAAAAUUUUGUAGACUGCCAAAAAUCCCCCAGCAUUGUCAUGCGGGCGAGAGCCCACGAGGAAAACGCGCGCGAGAGAGAAGGCGGAUGAUUCCACAGCUCCAUUCUCAACUCGAGUCUUGCCAAAUCUCGACUCGACAGACCUAUGAGGGACUAGUUGCAGUCUAAAGAUUUUGGACGAUUACUCACCCACCCCGCCCCCAAGCGCCUAAUCCAAGGUUAACUUCCCUCCUGAGGCAAAAAGUUGGGUUUGGGUAGGUGAGGGGUGAGUGCGCUCUUUUUCAUCGCUGACUAUUGACUUUUGAACUUUUCACAGUGAUGCGCACACAAGGUAGUUUGCGUGUGGUACUCAACACUAAACUGUGGCCCAAUAUGACUUUAGAAAAAGGCAAUGAAAAGAGCUUACGGUUCACUGCCAUGGACAGCGAGAAAGACAUUAAAAUUUACCUUAUAAUGGUAAGUUUUUUAUUUUUAUUUUACAUGUUUUUACUGAUUUUUUUUGUCUCUCCGUCUGGACUUAAUUCCUCAUUUCAAAGUGAUGGGCUUAAGCUAGCACUUUAGAAGUUAGUUAUUGCCAUUUUUAACUUACUCCCGUACUAAUCAUCAGUACUCGCCUCCAGAACAGGCGUUAUUUGUUGGCGUUUUUCAGGCGAACGAAGGCAAGCGCGAAGCGAGCGAGAGGCGCGUUCGCUGGCACGAAAAAACGCGAACAAAUAACGCCUGCUUUGCAGGUUUUGCCAGUACCAAUGGAAGGAACAGCUCAUAUCUAAGCUGACUUUUCGCAACGCGAGCGCUGGUUUUCCAGCGAAAUGGCUUCUGAAGAACAGGCGUAGAAAUUGGUUAUCCUAUACGGAGGGCGUUUCACUACCAGGUCUGGGAAGUGCUUCUGAUUGGUCGUGCCAACAGGGAAAUUUACUCACUAGCCAGAUCUGGGUGGUGACACGUGAUCAGUAUUGAAUUUCUGCGCCCUUUCCUCAUAAUUAUAAUUCGAGAUUUAGCGGGGAAGCCAGUGUUGGCGUCGUCAAAUAUGAGCUGUUUUCUCAGGUAACUCGCCUUGAUUGUUACUGCGCGAAAUGCGAGGUUUACUUUGUCGUUUUUAUUCCCCAGGCCGCCCCGAACGAUAUUCAACGCCUUUGGACCGCCAUUGAUCGUCGUAUCCAGGCCCUUAAGCGCGGCCAAGAAAAAGAAAAAGCCGCUGACCAAGACCACACCGCAGAUGACGAUGACGAGAGCAAAACCGAGCCAGAUGAUGAACUGAAGGGGACUGAGCAAGAAGACGACGAUGAUUCGGUUAAAGAUCGUUGCGAAGUCCCGGAUGAGGGCAGUAACGAUUCUUGUCCGACGACAGAAUCGAGGGGAAACGAAGGAAAGGAAACCGCAGCUGACGAUGAUUAAUUAUAAAUUUUGCACUUCCAUGACUUUGGGUGUAUGAAGUAUUCGGACUUGUACAGGAUACAUGUGAUCUGUACAACGUGACAGACUCUCUGAGACGCAGAAAUGUUUGAACUUGUUCCGUCGAAAAAAAAUUGGUGCGCCGUUUCUUCUCUUUUUUUGGGGGCAUGUGCGCACCAAUUCAUGACGUCACCAGCACGCCAUUCGUUCCCAGGGAUAUGCGCACACCACUGACUCACCAUGAUUGCAAUGGCAAUUUGUGGGUGUUCACCAAAUGACAUAAUACAAAAGACUGAAAAUACUAUAAACAAUGCCCUUCUAAACUACAACAGCUAACAGGAGCCUUAAUCGGGGUCCUUGAUCAAAGGCGUAGUCAGAGAUUUUUCAUGGUGUUCAAACUUACGAGAGCCGUCGAAUCUGUUUUACCCACUCAUUAUCUAGUAAACUUAGCUACGUCGACCUUUACCGUCACGAAACAGUAGGAACCCUAAGUACUGAAACCUCAGAAAAAUCUCUAAACGUUGGAUGCGAGUUUUUUGCUAAGCAUGUAUGACUCAUCAUUAGCUCAUUUGUCAGUCAGUAAUUCUGCAUUUCUUGCAAAAAACUUUAAGUUGCACAACUAAAGUGUCUUUGAUUCUUAUUUCACUGCAACUCCAUGUGUUGGUGGUUGAAAAAUAUCAAACAAUGAUGUAACGAUGUUUGCCCACGGUAAGGUAGUUUCCAAGUCUGCUCUAACCCCUUCCAAAACGAGUCUCAGUGCUAAGUCUUUGAUGUGAUGUUUUUUUUUUAUAUUUUUUUUCCUUGCUAGGAAGAUUUUGCUCUUGGCCUCACUUUGAAAGCGAGGAUUCAACGGACCAUUUGCACGAUGGCGUCAUUCUACUACUACGACCAGAAUCCUUUUCGUUUUUUCUUUCAUAUUUAAAUUCGGUAAUCCCAAUGAGGUUUAAAUAACCGAAGCGCUGAUUUGCACACGAAAGCCA